AUGCGGGCGGUCGUUUUGAGUGUAUUUAUUUUAAGUGUGCUCGUAUGGGCUGGUGCGUCUGCGGAAGACGCGCAGUUCGUGGCGGCCAUUUUAGAUGGCGAAAAAUUUGCCUGCGCCGGAGCGAUACUGAAUGAGAAGUGGAUUGUUACUACAGGGCACUGUGUUAAGGUUUUGGAUCCCAAAGAUAUCAAAGUUGUGGUCGGUACAGAAGAUUACACAAAGCCGGGCCAAACUCUCACAGUUGCAUCAAUCGAAGAACAUCCCAAUUUUGGUGAUAUAACGACAUUCAACUACGAUAUAGUCUUAUUAAAACUUGCGUCCGACAUCAAGUUAGAUGAUAAAACCAGAAAUAUAGCUCUCCGUGGUUCUGACAUUCAAAGCAACGAACUCUUACAAAUUACUGGUUGGAAAUAUGACACAAAUACCAACUUGAAAUCACUGAAAUCAGAAGCAAUUAAAAAUAACAAUGACUGUGGCCGAUUGUCGUCAAUUGAAGCUGAUAAUUUGUUUUGUUUAGUAAAAAGCCAAAAUGAGACACAUACUGGUGAACUAGGCCCGCGUGACCUUCAAGGAGGUCCGAUCGUUGGUGCUGAAAAGAAGCUGGAUGGUAUCAUCUAUACAUUAGUCAAACCAAAAAAAAUUAUCGGACUCGCUAUGCGUUUGAAUAAUUUCUCGAAAUGGAUAAAGGAAACGAUACAAAAAAAGUAAAAUUUACUUUUAAAAUAAACUCUUAAUAUGCC